CUUAAUAAGAUUGGUUAAGAAAUAACACUGUUCCCACCCGCCUUUUCGGUCUCCUCCUUCCCAUGUGACUCUUUCUUCAAAUCAAUCCCCAUCCAUUAAAUAUACUUCUUCAUAAUACUGUAACCAUUUAUUAAAUCUGAAAUCUCUAAGAGUUACUUCUUCUGUCUCUUUUGACACUGCCACUGCUGGUUUGGGUUGUGGUUUUUUUUAUCCCGGGAAUGUUUCUAAGGUUUGGGGUUUUCUGGGUUUUUUGUGUUGGGAUGAUGAGUAUGAGUUUCCAUUGAAGUUCUGCUUAAAGCCCGGAAAUGGAGAGGGUUUUGUUUGGACACUUAGUUUUAUUGCUUCUCGUUUGCUUCGGCUGCUUGUUCUCUGUUCCAGUUUCGGGUCGACAUGGACCAAUCUCGGAUCAUGCCAAGUUCAUUUUUGGAGGGGUGAAUUUAGGUCCAUGGAAGAAUGGAAUAUCUGAGUUGGCACAAGCACCAGCUCCCACGGAUGAUGAGCCUCCAAAUACGCUGGUUUUGGCAGCCAAAAGGACAAAUCGGCCGGACAUUCUUCGCCAUUUCAAGCAUUAUCUCGGUGGGUGGGAUAUUACCAACCGUCAUUACUGGGCUUCUGUUGGAUUUACAGGUGCUGUUGGAUUCAUUUUCGCUGUUUUAUGGUUUGUUUCUUUCGGCUUGGUUCUUGCGGUAUAUCAUUGUUGUGGAUGGAGAGUAAACAUCGAAGGAAAAAGAUCAGAUCGUUCCCAAAGGAUUUGUCUUAUAAUGCUGAUAUUGUUCACAAGUGUUGUAGCGACGGGAUGUGUUCUUCUUUCUGUUGGGCAAGAUGAGUUUCAUGAUGAAGUGUUGCAUACUUUGAAAUAUGUUGUAAACCAGUCAGACUACACUGUGCAGAUAUUAAAAAAUGUUACACAGUACCUAUCUCUAGCUAAAACCAUUAGUGUGGCUCAGGUGUUCCUUCCUUCUGAUGUUAUGACUGAUAUUGACAAGUUGAACAUAGAUCUGAACUCAGCAGCUGAUAAACUUACCGAAAAGACCAGCGAAAAUGCUGUCAAAAUGAGAAGAGUCUUCAAUGCUGUGCGAUCAGCAUUGAUCACAGUGGCAGCUCUAAUGUUAGUUUUGGCUCUGCUUGGUCUUGUGUUGUCUGUUCUAGGGCACCAACAUGUCAUUCACAUGUUCAUAGUCAGCGGAUGGUUACUAGUAGCUGUUACAUUCGUUCUUUACGGUGUUUUCGUAAUCAUGAACAAUACAAUUUCUGACACUUGUAUGGCCAUGGAAGAAUGGGUGGAAAAUCCCCAUGCAGAGACCGCUCUUAGCAAUAUCCUUCCUUGUGUUGAUCCUCGAACGACAAACCAUACACUCACUCAAAGCAAACAAGUCAUAACUAGUAUAGUAAAUGUUGUCAAUACAUACAUUUACUCCAUUGCCAAUUCAGAUCUUUCCCCUGACGACGAUCGUUACUACAAUCAGUCCGGGCCUCCAAUGCCUCCUUUAUGUUACCCGUUUGACUCUCAGCUCCAAGAUCGGCAGUGUGGGCCUUACGAGGUUUCCAUGGCAAAUGCUUCUCUGGUUUGGCAGAACUAUACGUGCAUGGUAUCAGAAUCCGGUCUAUGCAACACCACCGGAAGGAUAACGCCAGACAGAUUCACACAGCUGGUGGCAGCGGUCAAUGAGAGUUAUGCUCUCGAGCACUAUACCCCACCAUUACUGUGCCUGCAAGAUUGCGAUUUUGUCCGAGAGACAUUUCAAAAUAUCACGUCGAAUUACUGCCGUCCAUUGGAGCAUCACCUCAAGAUAGUAAAUGCAGGACUGGGGCUAAUCUCGGUAGGAGUUUUGCUUUGUCUAGUUCUCUGGAUCCUCUAUGCAAACCACCCCCGAAGGGAGGAAGUGUUUGUGAAGAUGCUAUUGCCGAAGACGCUAUUGUCGAGCUGCAAGAACUUUUUCAGCACAAACGGCAAGAACAACACAACAUCGUCGAUCACAAAUGGUGUCUAAAAUUAUAGCAGCAAAUUAGGUUGAAGUAAAUUCUUUUCUUUUUUUUACUGGGAUAGAAACCAAGAUGGGGAAAAAUCCCAUUUUUGAGUUGGAAGGGUGAUCUCCUGUCGUUUUCAUAUAUAUAUAUAUAUAUGAAUAUGGGAAGUAAUUGAUUGUUAGUCAUCCCAGCUUUAGAUGAUCCCUUAAUUUAGUAGAAAAUGUUAUAGUUGUAGGGACAUUGGAGCUACUGUAAGAAGGGGGGGGGGGGUUAAA